AUGGAGGAUGAUUUGAAUACACCCGUUCCAAGCAAUCGAAACAAUCAAUCGGAUCGCUUGACGCUUAUUCAGCAGGCGGCAGCUCGGAGCGGACUUGCAAGUAUGGCUGGCCCCGGACACCUUCGCCAUACCAAAUUGUCCCCGUUUGAUGUUUCUCAAAUGUCGGGAGUCUCGAUUUCAAUGAUUGAACGAGCAAAGAUUGACGGCGCACAGUUUAUCAAGGAACUGGUAUGGCUGAGAAAGGAAGCGAAUUCUCAUUCAUUUCUUGAUGCUGAACUUUGGGCUAAUGAAUUACUCGCAUAUUGUCCCGAGAAAUUGUCGAUGUACGCUGAAUUGAAAUGUGAUAUGGAAGAUGGCAACAUUUCGUCGACGUCUUUAGGUGCCCCGGCAGGUUUUGUGAGCAGCGAGGAGGCGGUUGUCGAGUUUCGACGAGAGCAGAACACACAGUUCGCGUUGAGUCUAUUGCGGAAUCGAGAAUUCCAGAGAGCCGCGUUCUUUUUGGCAAAAAAUCGAAAACUCAACAAACUCGACAACUUCAUGUAUUAUAGAUGUUUAUUCUUGGCGCAUUACCAAGAAAAUAUGGAAAAUGAUGCCGAGGGAAUUGAAAGAAAAACGAGUUUCGGCGAGGAAAAAACCAAAUUCGCGACAUUAUAUGAGGAAAUGAAUGAAGAUAAUGCACGUGAAAAAGAUGAUCCACUUUUCGAAUAUUUACUUGGACUUAUCGAAAUUGAAUUGGGCCUCAAAAAGGAUGCAUGCGAGACAAUGAAAAGUGUUGUCGAGCGGGAACCGAGAUGGUGGCCGGCUUGGGAGGCGUUGAGUCGAUUAAUCGACGACAUUGAAGCCGCCGAUCAGUUUGCGGUCAAAUUCAGCGAUAAGUCGAUUUGGAUGGCUGACUGGUUUAUGGUAUUGAUAUUGGAACGAUUCCAUCAGGAUACCAUGGCGAUUCAGAAGGCCGAAUCUUUGGUUCAGCGUGGUCUCACUGGAAUCCCAAUGAUAAUCACCAAAGUGGCAACGUGCUCGAAUCAUCGACACGAUCAUGAUCAAGCCAUCGAGAAUUUCGAGGAGAUUCGAAAACUCGACCCGUAUCGCCUCGCCGACCUGAACUUGUUCUCGGAUUCGCUCUACAUUCGUGGCGACCAGAAGAAAUUGUCGCAACUUGCUUUGGAGGUUUACAAAGUUUACAAAUUCCGAUGGGAAACGUGCUGCAUUGUGGGAAACUAUCACGCGAUACGAAGAGAUAGCGAGCAUUCCAUUAAAUUCUUCCAAAGAGCCUUGAGGCUGAAUCCCGGCGUUGCUUCUCUUUGGGUCCUUAUUGGUCAUGAGUUUAUGGAAAUGAAAAACAAUGCCGCCGCUUGUGUCUCAUACCGACGAGCCAUAGAAAUCGAUAGCGCUGAUUAUCGUGGUUGGUAUGGUCUCGGACAGAUGUACGAUAUCAUGAAAAUGCCGUCAUAUUCGCUCUAUUACUACCAGCAGGCUCAAAAGUGCAAACCACAUGACUCGCGUCUCUUAGUGGCCCUCGGCGAAAUUUAUUGCAAAUUGAGCAGGAUUGAAGAUGCGGAGAAGUGCUUCACAGGAGCUUAUUUAUUCGGAGAUGUCGAGGGAUCUGCUCUGUGGCAACUCGCCAAGCUUUAUGAGAAUAACAACGAUGAUGACAAGGCGGCACAGACGUUCGAGGUCUACCUGGUUGUAUAUGAUAGAUUAACGAAUUUGGAAGAUAAUGCCGUGUACGCUAUCGCGUUUCUUGCCAAUUAUUUCUUCCGUCAGAAGAAAUACGAAAAAGCGAGCGAGUAUGCGACGAAAUGUCUUGAAUAUGAGGCGAUUUGUCAAGAAGGAAAUCGAUUAUUCCGUGAAAUAGCCAAGGUUCAGCAGCAGGAGAAUGCUCCUCAGCAACCUCCCGGUGUUGAAAGUAUGGAAACUGAAGUUGCGAAUCUGGAUACUUCAAGGGAGGAUGAUAUGGCGAUUUCUGAUGGAGAGGAUAACAUCACAUUUUGA